AUGUCCGAUAACGAUAAGGAUACGAGGGAAGAUAAAGCUAGGGAUGAGGGGCAGGCGAAACUUGGUGGGGGGCCAGCGAAACUUGAUGGGGGGCCAGCGAAACUUGAUGGGGAGCCAGCGAAACUUGAUGGGGAGCCGGCGAAACUUGACGAGAGGCCCCCGGAGGAGACCCCAGAAGAACUCCAAGAGGUUUCUCAGCCUCUCCGCAAGAAGCCAAAGCGAACAAAGACAUUUAACGGUUGUUAUACAUGUCGAAGAAGGAAAAUAGCAUGCGACUUGGGAAGACCCACCUGUAUGAAGUGUCGAAAGAGUGGUUACGUGUGUGAGGGAUAUGAUGUUAAGCUCAGAUGGUCUCAGCCAAUCAAAUUUGACAAAUACGGCAGUCAGUUACCUGGGAUCUUCAACCAGGAAACGAAAUAUUGCCAACGCCGGGCCAUUGCAUUUGUCAAGUAUUCGGAUAAAGAUGCCUACCAUCUAUAUGAUGAGAUGGAUCGUGAUUUGGCCUCUCUUCACAACAGGCACAUGCCGGACAUGGCCAAUUUCACUGUGAUCACGGGUCAUUUUGGGGUGUUUCGUGGUGAGCCAUAUAGGGGAAAGAAAAUGUCUCGAGCUGUCACUGUAGAGACAGUUCCCCGUUCUCGUUCUGCAUCACGUGCUUCUCUUAGGACACCAGCCACACCUUCAUCUGUGGCGAGUGCAUCUUCUACAGCCAACGGCUCUUCUCUGAUGAUGUCCGAAAGUGAUUCUAUACGGCAGAAUCGGCAGAUUCAACAGGCCCAGCAUCCUCAGCCGCGUCUAGGUGCUUCCUACUUUCCUGCCGUGGUUUCCGGAAGCUACCAGACUCAAGGAAGCUUGGAAAGGGCUGGAAAUCCUGGUAACGAGUGGCUCAGUACGGAGCUUUUGGAUGCUGCUCUUCUCACGGCUUCGGCCAUCAAUGGAGAUACACAUUUCCUUGAUAUGUUCAAGCCUGAUGAUCUAGACGGAGUCUAUGGCGGUGUAAAUUCCACAACGGCCAAUUCUAAUGUUAAUACGUCAUCAUCUCUGCUUGCUCCAGGCCAGGGAAGCUUUGUUACUCCGAGAUCCGGCGCUAUGUCUGCCAUGGCUGCUAACAUGGGUGGUGCAGGUGGUGUAGGCGGUGCAGGUGGUGCAGGUGGCUUUACUAAUGCUGAUAAUACAAACCCCAGCGGAGCCACUGGCCCCACUGGCAUUACAGAUGCAUACGACACUGUCUCAGAUAAUAUGCUUCAUCUUCUUUUCCAAGGCCGUGAUACAAACAGACCGGAUGAGGAUGCAAUAAGCGAAUCAACUACACACAGUAAUGGCACCUCUACGCUGAUAGGAGCCAAUGAAAGCACAACUCCAGCGGAUGCCACUAAUACAAAUAACAAGUUUUCCCGCUCAGACAAGCCGAUUUCCAACAAUCUCAUAGGCAUCCACGCAGGAAACGGUGCGAAGAUGCCCAAGACCAUCAUGGAGAUCCUGAGCACUACUCCAUUACCUAAAUCUCUUGCUAUAGACCAGUUUGGAAUUCCUACAACAUCAUUAAAUGUCCAUCCAAUGACCAGAUACUUGCUUAACUACUAUAUCGAAGAUGUGGCUGACAUGAUGACGGUGAUCCCACUUCCCAAAAACCCCUGGAAGUUUAUAUAUUUUCCACGGGCUCUCAUGGCUGUAGGAGAGCUCUCUGCGUUGGGCCGAACUUCCAACGCAAGAAACGGCCUACUUAAUGCUCUUUUGGCUGUUUCUGCGUUCAAUUUGCAAAGUAAAUUUGUUCGAGGCUCAGAUGAAAUGAAAUACUAUGUGAAUUUGGGUAUCCAGUUGCGUCAGCAGGCUACCAACUUCCUCAAUAAGUGUCUCCAAGAAGACGUUCUUAGACAGAAGUACAAGGACGUUCUUGUAGCCGUUCUUUCUAUGGUCACCAUUGAUGUUGUUUGGGGUACCAUGUCCGCUUGCAAGAUUCAUUUGGAUCAUUGUGAGAAGAUCAUCGAAAAGAAGAUGAAGGUGAAGAAGAAGCUUUCUUCCAAAGCCAUAAUACUUCAUAGAAUCUUUUCUUCUUUGAAGUUGAUCCAGGACUCCACCUGUAUCGACAACAUUUCUCUGAAUGAGAUUUUCUUAAACGAGAAGAACUACAAGAGCUUCCUCAUGGGUGCCAAGCCGACGCCAGAACAACUUGAGAAAUACUUCAACAACCAUUUCAGGGACAUGUUUAGGGGAAGUAGGCUUCGUCGGUUAUUUGCAAGGUCCAUUCAUGGUCGAAAAGAAAAGAGAGGAGAGUCGUCGUCUCUAUCAGCAUCAGCGUCGUCGUUUGAUGAUGUAUUCAAGCAGAAAUCACCUUCAACUUCUCCUGUGUCUGUUCGAAGAGGAACUUACAAUGAACGCAUUGCCGAUAAUGGUAAAGUGAGAAUUGAGUACAUUAUGAAUAACGAAGAGGAUAUGGAUACCGUGGGAAGUCAUAGGACUCGAGACGAUUCAUCCACGAUGGACAAGGGAAUUCCUGCAUUCAUCGAUAUCACUCGAUCGAGCUUUCAGCCGUCUAAGAAUAAGUUAGAUGAUAAGGUAGUUUCUUCAGAUGCUAUCUAUGGAUUGCCAAACUCUCUUAUUCUUAUGUUCAGUGAGGUGGUUCAUUUAGCCAAGUUUAAGCGGUAUCGUAGUGAAAAUAAGCUUGAUAUGCCACUUUUCUUCAAUGAAUUGGCUGCUCAGCUCGAAUUCAAGCUUCUUACGUGGAAAUUGGAGUGGAAAUUGACCAAAUAUGACGAUAUUAAGCGGGAAAAGAAUAAGUCAGGUUCAGACUCUGAUACAGACUCUGAUACGGAAGCUGAGGCUGAGACUGAGGCUGAGACAGAGACAGGAGCAGAGACAGGAGCAGAAACUGAAGGCUCCAAGCAUCAUAAAAACUUCAUCUCACCAAGACAUGAAGGAAUAUAUCAUCAUGUGAUGUCGUUCUAUUACGGGCUUAUUAUAUAUUUUUACCGUUUUGUCGAGGACGUUAAUCCGAUGUAUCUGCAGGACCGCAUCGAAAAGGUGUUACAUCAUUUGAAUGCGAUUCAGGACAUCCUCGAAAAACAUCCGGAAACUUCCUACAUUAUCCCGUUAUUCUGGCAGGGGUUUAUCGCUGGAAGUGAAGCUAUGACCCUGUAUCUACAAAACGGAUUUAAUCUCUGGGGACAGCAUAUAGCACAGACAGGUAUAGGAACCUACUGGAACGCUAGGCAGAUUAUGCUGGAGAUCUGGCGACGCAAGAAUCACAAUGUGAAGAACAGCUCGUGGGUAGAUGUUCUGCGGGAUUGGAAGACGAAUGUUAUGUUGACGUAG